AUGCCCAAUGGUUCUGUAGAAAUACAUACCAUAUGUGAAGACGUUGAGAAUUCACAAUUCACUGUACAAAGCAAAAACACAAACAACAUGACCAUCCCUGAAUUCGAUUCUGAAUUAGAAACUCUCUCGUCAGCUCCAAUCCUCCCCAAUCUUGUGAAACCUACCAAACGUAUCCGUCUCCCAAGAAUCAAAAUCGUAGGUACAGGUGGAACCAUCGCCUCAAAGGGUUCCGAUUCAUCCCAAACAGCAGGCUAUCACGUAGACUUAACCAUCCAAGACAUGUUAGAUUCUAUCCCAGAUAUCUCCCAGAUUUGUGAAAUUGAAUACGAACAACUAUGCAACGUCGAUUCCAAAGACAUGACCGAACAUCUCUUACUCAAAAUAUACAAGGCCGUAUCAGAAGCACUACAAGGUUUCGACGGUAUAGUGAUCACCCACGGAACGGACACUCUCUCAGAAACUGCAUUCUUUAUAGAAAGUACAAUAGACGCUGGCGACGUCCCCAUUGUGUUCGUUGGGUCCAUGAGACCAUCAACUAGUGUCUCAGCAGACGGUCCAAUGAAUCUAUACCAAGCAAUAUGCAUAGCGUCAAACCCAAAAUCAAGAGGUAGAAGUGUCCUAGUAUCAUUGAAUGAUCAAAUAUCAGCAGGUUAUUACAUUACAAAGACUAACGCAAAUAGUUUGGAUUCAUUCAACGUUAGACAAGGAUAUUUAGGGAAUUUCGUAAAUAAUGAAAUUCAUUAUUAUUAUCCACCUGUCAAACCACAGGGAUGUCAUAAAUUCAAAUUAAAACUUAAUGAUCUAUCCUCUGGGAGCUUUAAAUUACCAAUGGUUUGUAUUAUUUAUGGUCAUCAAGCUAUUACUCCCAAAAUAUUGACUUUAUUAGCUGAGGAAUAUGAAGGGAUAGUCUUUGCAACAAUGGGUGCCGGAUCAUUACCUGUCUCCAUGAACGAAAUGUGUUUGACUUUGAAUAAACCAAUCAUUUACUCGAAAAGAUCAAUGGAUGGGAUGAUUCCAGUAGCAAAUUUACCAAAGGAUAGUAAUGGAUCGAAUGGAAAUAUCAUAGCGUCUGGUUAUUUGAACCCAGAAAAGAGUAGAAUCCUUUUACAAUUAUGUCUAGCUGGGAAUUAUGGUGUGGAGGAAAUUAGACAUGUCUUUGGUGGGGUUUAUGGUGGUUGA